AUGGGAUCACCACAUGACCGCAUUAAGUUAUUUUCUAAUAAAAAUGUUUCAAUUGAUAAGUUUGUCUUACAUGGAGAAUUCAAAACAUUAUAUGCUGGUCAAUUAGUCUUUGAGAUCGAAAAUGAAAGAUUUAAUCCUCGUUCAAUAUGGUGGCAAAUCAAGAAGAAUAAUUUACCAGUAUGUCAAUUAUUUGAAGGCAUAGUCAAUUUAUUUCAUAAUGAUAUUGCAGACCAAGAUGGAUUCAUUGAAUUAUAUAACUUUAAUGAAGCUAUUAAUGAAAAAGUAUUUCCAUUUAUUGAAAAAUUAUUCAAUGGUAAAAUAAAAUUGGCAGAUAUGGCUAAUCUCAAAGACAUUUUCUGUAGUAAACAGAUACAUAUUCGAGACGAAGUGAAGGAACUCUUAACUCAUUUACAAACAGUCAAUGAACAACAGUCCAAAGUGAUUCCUACUGAUGAAAGAAUUAAUCAAAUCAGUGAAUGGUUCCAAAUCUAUCAAUAUCAUAGUCAUAUUGAUAUUAUUAUCGAUUGUAUUAAAAGAUUCAAGAUUCUGUCAGAAACAGAUGAUAUUAGUAUUAUGAAUACUUUUGAGCAGCUGCGUUCAAAUGAAGAAUGUUAUUUGGAGAAAAUUGUCCAAGAUUACGAAAUAUUAAACCAAGAAUUUCGAAAUAUUAAAAAUAAACAUUUAAAUUUAAUAAAAACAGCAAAUGAAUGUUCAAAUCUAAUUAAAAUAAUGAAAACAUUCGAUUUGUACUCAAAAAAUGGACGACAUCGAUUUCAACAAUUACGUGACAAUUUAACGAUACAGUUUCAAUUACAAGAACGAAAUAAUAUGAUAUUAAAUUCGUUGAUUAUCGCACAUGCUUUAUGCGAACCGUUUGCUAUCAAAGCAGAUACAUGGAAUGAAUUUAUUGUUCGUCUUGUGAAUUUAUCGAAUUUUGAAGAAAGUUCACUAGAACAUUUGAGAGUUGUGAAUGAUAAUGCCCAAAUCGUUUGUCUCUGGUUAACAGCAGAAGAAACAACAGUCUUUGAUAAUGCUCUCAUUGUGAUGGAACAUCUAUACAAAACCGGCACAGUUAAUAUUCAUCUACGACAUCUGUUGAAUGAACAGUCUUCUCUUGAGAUUAGCUAUUCAAUUGAGAAAAUACAAACAACUGCCAUUAAUCACCAGAAUAACAUUGAGAUGGAUAGUAAAGGAGAAAAAAUCGAUAAACAACAAGACGAAAUUCAAUUUACUUUAUCAAUGUCUGACAUUGAUGAUCAUAAACGUCAAUUAACAUUUUGUAAUGUUGACCUACACAAGGACAUGUCUCAUAUGAAAAUUCUGUUGGAUGAACAAUUAAAAUUAUUAAAAAUCAUUGGAGACAUUCAUUCAACUAUCAUAAAAUUAGAAACAAAUGGUCAUCCAAAUUAUCAACUCAUCGAUAUGCAUUAUAAUAUUCAUACUAAAACAAAUCAACUCAAUAGUAUAUUAGUCAAAUUACGAGAAAACAAACAUUCAGAUGAAACUGAUCUUCAAAAUCUUAUUCAAUCGCGAACAGAUGAAUUCAUUAAGAUCUACAAUAGAUUAGAACGUGAAUAUCAUGAUUGGAUUGAUAAAUUAGAAGAAUGGAGAAAUCAAAGUCGACUAUUAAAAUUAUUCUCUGAUCGCCAAAUCAUGAUUAUGAUUAUUCUACUCACAGAAUCAACAUCAGAUUACGACAUAAAAAAUAAACUUUUUGCAAAAUUAUAUUCAACGAAUGAUACCAACGAUAUAAAUGAAGACCAAAACUGUAAGUUUAGUAUAAAUUGUCUAGCAUACUAUUUACUUUCAUUACGUAUUAAUGAUUGUCAUAUAUCAGAAACUGUAAUACCUGAUUUGUAUAAGAAAUAUAAACUUCAACAUGGUACUAGUAUAGAAAAAUUUCUCAUGAAUCUUGGUCGUCUUCUUGAUGAGUUCUUUCAAUUUACAAAAUUAACAAUACAAAGAUCUUUAAGUAAUAAUAGUGAAAGUCAACAAUACCUUGUUUCACUGAACUCAAUCAAUCCUAUAUCAGAUAGAAAUUCAUCAGAACAUACGCUAGACAUAGAUACAUUCUGUAUUCUACUAAGUCUGUUAAAUAAACAAUUACCAUCAUCGUAUCAAAUUCUUUGGUGCUCACAAACAACCGAAAAUGAUAUUCAAUUAUUCUUUUCACGGAUUCGAUUUUUUCCAAAUAUGAUUUUCAUUAUAAUGGAUAUCGAUAAAAUGCAUCUACGUCUUCGAGAAGUAUUGCUAAAUGAACAAGAUUCAUUAACUAGAUGUAGAGAAGCUCAUGGGGUUGUUUAUUACUUUUCACGAGAGUUAACAACAUAUCAAAGAGGUUUAAAACCUUUUCAUAUGACGUCGAUUCAUCGAAAUUCUAGACGAGUCUAUACUGAAUUAGUUACAUUGUUUCAAAAAACAAAUUGUCCACUACCAUAUAUUCAUGUCGUUUGUGGAGCAGCAGGAACUGAUCAUACGUUAUGCUUUAGUAUUAAUGACAAAUUAAGUUUAUCAUCGCUCAUAAGUUCACUUCUUUUACUUGAUUCACAAAUAACAGACGAUUGUUCAUCUGUUUAUUUUAAUAUUUCCAUUCAUGCUCCAUUCGAUGAGUUAAAUCGUGCUUUAUUUUCAUUAUUUGUUUGUGGAUCUCUCACUGAUCCGAUUAGUGGCCUGACAUUUUCUCUGUCAACUACAAAAAGAUGGCAAUGUUUUAUUGAAAUUCCCUAUACUGAUGAACAGGGCAUGGGAAUAGACGAAAAUCUAGAUUAUUUGCUACCAAUACUUGCUAUCAUGACUCAAUCAUCCAAAGAAAUUAUGACCAAUGAAGAUUAUCAAUUGUGUAUCGGUAAAGAAGAAGAAUUGGUUGCCCGAUUUCUUAAAGCUUACUCAGACGGUAUCAUUAAUUGUCUUGAAUUCAGAGGGAGCGAUGAACCAAUUAAAUUCAAAGAAUUAAAUGAUGAAAAUGAAUGUCGCCGGUACAUAUACGAUUGCAUUAACAAAUAUUCAUCAUGUCGACAAAAAAAUAAAAUUUAUGAAAUAUCCUUCAUAAAAUUUUUAUAUCGUCGUUUUCAAUUUUUUACUAGUCUUUUAUUUACUUUAGAUGAACGCAUACAAAAUCUCGGUUCAGAAAUCUUGAUACAAAUGUUAAAUGAAGCCAAGUCACUUGCUCAAAUCAGUUUUCAUGAUGAUAAUUAUUCGCGUCUUUAUCUUAUAUAUGAUCCUGGUUUUGCAUUACAUCUGUUACAUAAUAAUUGGGAUCAAGUUCCACUUGGAUUGAAAAAAAUCUGGAGAAAUAUUGAUCCAUUGACAAGACCUGAAUUUAAGGAUAGAAAUCAUUUUCUCAAAUGUUUAUCAUGGCUUAUCGGGGUCGAAUAUAAUGUAUGUGAAAGAGUAAUGAAUGAAAUGAAAUUUAUUUUAAUUGAAAAUUUUGCAUAUAAACUUCUUCACAUACAUGAACGAAAACUCACAAGACUUCCAUUGAUAAUUGAGGGUGAUACAGGGGUUGGUAAAACAUAUCUUCUUACAUUUUAUUCUUUAUUGUUAAAUGCAAAUAUUUUCUAUGGUGAUGAUCAAUUGAUAUUUCGUACGAGAAUCAUUGAACGUAUUAAUUUAUGGUUAUUAGCAACUAUCGUAAAAUUUUUUGAGAAGAAAACAAAUCUAUUACAUGAAAUACUUGAGAGAUUGAAAUGGAAAUUGACAGGUUUUCAUCAAGAAUCUAAUGAAGAAGUAAACAUUGAUGAUGAUGAUCACGACUAUAGUUUUGAAGAGAUAGCUGUUGAAGAAAAGGACUCUUCUAACCACACAAACCAACAACAAUACAUUAGUAAUGAAGAAAAUAUUUCUGAAAAUUCCUCAUUGCACAAUUCAUCAGAAACUAACAACCUUGAACUCAAUAAUGCGAAUGAAGAAAGUUCAGUUAGUCAGAGUUUUCUGAAUGAUAGUCAAUUUCAUAGUACAGAAAACUCGAACAUGUUGAACAGUGUGUCGUGCAAUGAAAUUUCAACGUAUCAACAAGCAGAAAUUGUCGAGAAAAUGAAUUCUAAUCUAUUGACACAGCUUAAAGAGUCAUUAAACAAAUAUCAAUUUGAUUCUGACAUGCUAAUAUAUAUUUGGAAAACAAUUCUAACUGUAUCUCAGAAGAAUUCCACCAGUAUUACUAAACAGUUGCUGCUUGCAUUACGUGAAUACAUCGGAAAGGAAUUGGAAAGUAUACCUUUAAUCGAGGCGAAUGUCAAAUUAUAUGAUUUACUUAGAGUCGGUACAUGAAGUGUGCGGGUAUCUAUUCAGAUUUUGAACGAGUAUCUAUCUCAUACAUGUGCAAAACCCAUAUUCUAUCGACUUUUACUACAUCCUGGUGUGACUGAAAAAGAUCUCAAACAAUUUAUGUCACCGAUUGCUGAACUAGCUCGAAAAUGGAAUCAAAUCGAAUUAGUAGUAUUUUUCGAUGAAGUAAAUACAUGCGGUCGUCGUU